CGGGGGUGUCGGGUUGGAGCGAGGCGUGCCCCAUCUGACGGGCGCCGUGUGGAGCCGGGCGGCGGGCACGGAGCGGGGAGCGGCGGCGGAGCGCGGCGCAGAGGCGUCGGUAGCGGUCGGCUCUGGCUCUGGCUCUGGCGCGGCGUCUGACCCACCCCCUCGUGAGCCUGGGGAACCUGCAGCUCAGAGGCGCCGCCAGCCACACCACCAUGUACCCCGGCAAUAAGCGGAAAAAGCUCUGGCGGGAGGAGAAAGAGCGCUUGCUGAAGAUGACCUUGGAAGAAAGGCGCAAAGAGUACUCAAGGGAAUAUGUUGCAUUGAAAACUAUUCCGACAUGGAUGGAAGACUUAAAAAAUAAAAGUGAAAAUGAUGGUGAAAACGCUAAAGAAGAUCUGCAGGGGAAGAAAAAUCUGAGCGAGAAAGUCUCUCUGUAUAGAGGUGAUAUCACCCUGCUCGAGGUGGAUGCCAUUGUUAAUGCUGCUAAUUCCAGCCUUCUCGGAGGUGGAGGAGUGGAUGGCUGCAUACACAGAGCUGCUGGGCCCUGCUUAGUUGCUGAAUGUCGCAACCUGAGUGGCUGUGAGACUGGACAAGCAAAAAUUACAUGUGGAUAUGAACUCCCUGCAAAAUAUGUGAUUCAUACUGUUGGGCCAAUUGCAAGAGGCCAUCUCACUGACACGCAUAAAGAAAACUUGGCGAAUUGCUAUAAAUCAUCUCUGAAACUGGCAAAAGAAAACAACAUCAGAUCAAUUGCAUUUCCCUGUAUUUCAACAGGAAUUUAUGGUUUUCCAAAUGAGCCUGCUGCUGUCAUUGCCCUAAACACUACUAAGGAAUGGUUAAGCAAGAAUCACAAUGAGGUGGAUCGUAUCAUCUUCUGUGUCUUUUUGGAGGUUGACUACAAAAUUUUUAAGAAGAAAAUGGGCGAGUUUUUCCCUCUAGAUGAUGCUAAUGAAGAAGGGACUGAGCUGAGUGAAGAGACGGAACGAUUGGAACAAAAAGGCCAGCCUCCAUCUCCCACAAAGAGCAAAGCAGAGCAGCCUGAGGACCUGCAAGAUGAUGCUGAGGGUGGUGACAGCACUGAGGAGAAGCAAAACGCUGAAGAAACCAAGGCCCAGAGCCAAGAAGCAGAUGAGACAAAACCUUCAGCUGUAGCCAGCCUAUCAUCAUCAGAAGAAAGAGAGCUGAGUGAGGAUAAAGACUCCCUGAAAGACUCCAAAGGCGCACAGGAGAGUGACCCAGUGCAUCCUAUGGGAUAUGAACAAGAUCAAGCCGAAGGACAGCAGAAUCUUUCUGCAGAAGAGGAGGUGAAAACUGGGGCAGAUUCCCAAAGCUCCUGCAUGGAAGUAGAAGAGUCCUUGUCAAACCAAGAAGACACAACAGAAGUUAAGAUACCUUUGAUUCAUGGUGCAGAGGAAAUAGAAGGAGGAGGAAAUGAAGAAAAAGAAGAAGGAGGGAUGCAAGGCGAAGAGGAAACUUCUGGGGAGCCUAUGAAAGUUGACCUUGCAUGCGAAGCAGCAGAUGUUUCAAUUAAGGAUGCUGAAAUGAGUAGUCAAGUUGAAAGUAUAAAUGAUCCUACGGAAACAAAGCAGGAAGCUUAAGUUACAGGCAGGAUGCAGGAGGGGAGUGACCUGAGGAAACCCAACGGGUAGGCGCUGACAUCCUACGGCAUCAUUCUUGGCAGAAAAGAGCAAACAGAGAUGCUCCGCGGGUUGGGAGGGAGGGAGAUUUGGGGAAAUGACUCUUUGCUUUAAUUUCUCUUUGUUCUUCAUUGCAUUUUGUUCUGUAAGCCUGUUGGAAACAAACACAACUUCCCAGUUAUAACAAUGUUUUGCAUUUUUCCCUGCAAUUACAACAGUUUCUUCUGAACCGUGAGUCCCUGUCUUAUAUUGGGUCUCUUUUGCUCCUGCAUCAUAUCAUCAGUAGCCUGCUUCCAGGCCCACUCCUUUUCUAGCAUUUUUAUCUUCUUUCCUAGUUAUGGUACUGUCUGCAGGCAACCUGUGGAACCCAGAUUAUUCUCUUCCUGUCCCCCUCUUUUUUUAAAAACUGUUCCCUAGGAUAUGCUUUGAGAACAUAAAAUGCCACAAAGGAUUACAAUCUGCACACACUGAUAAACAGCCAUCCUCCUUGUGCUAGAGAUUUGAAAGACUAGAUGCUCCAAAAUCUCAAAAAUGUAGAGACAGUGCUGCACGUUGCCCACCUCCAGGUUUGUCAAUCAGCAGCACUUGCUGGCACCCACCAGCAGGUCCCUGUGUCCAAACCCUGGCUGCUAGAAGAGGCCUUGGCUGGAUUCCCUUGAGUGCAUACUAGAAGCAGAGCUUGUGCAUUAACUCUUUCAUCCCGAUGCCUCAGGAUUGCCCACAGCUCUGCCAUUCACCUUUCUCUCUGGUCUGGGAAAGCUAAACCAUGACCAACCUACGCUGUGUCAUGCCCCUCUGUGGGUCCUGCGUGCCAAUAACAUGAGUGGCUUCAAACAGCCGGUGCUUAAAAUCAGACCUGCUGUUUUCUGGUUGGCUCCGUGCACCUCAGAAUCAGGGCUGUAAGGUAUGACCUUCAGGAGCAGGUAACAACAGAUACUUCCUCAAGCCUGCAAGGUACAGAGGGUAACAGGCACUCUGCAUUCAAAGUGUCUUUAAAUACGGCUCCCGGCUUUAGUAACUUCACACAGUAUCAUGUGUGAGCCCUCAUCAUAUUUUCUACUGCAUAUGCAUGAUUUCUUUCUUUUUUUAAUUUAUUUUUUUUAAAGCAAUUAACAGUUAUUUGGAUAGGAACGUCUCACCAUAUGUCAAUUGUUCUGCCAGCAAAUGCUGUGCUGAAAUUUUUUAAAAGGGAACAAAAGGGUUUUGCAUACAUUUUGCAACUAUCCCAUAGCCAAAACUGAUAGACAAUACACUCGAUGGAAGAGCACGCAACCUGUGUCCAGGGUGUGAUGUGCCACAAAUGGUAUUUUAAAAUGCUGCUGAUAAUAAUUUUAUCAUUUUAGGCAAAGUAAUUGAUUCUGUUCUUUCUCCCCUCCUCCCCCCUUUCCCCCAGAUAAGCAUGAAUCUCAAAAUAAUUAUUUACUAGCUGGCCAAAAAAAUAGAAAAGGAAAAAAAAAAAGGAAAAAACAAAGUAAGAUGGAUCUCUGCCUUCUUCUGGUCUGGGUUUAUCCCAGCAAGAGUAGGUUUGGUGAUAAAUCAUCUGCUGGUAUAACAGUGAGUCAAAUGUGGCUCUAACACACCUAGCACUGGCUAUGGCUGUUGAUGGCUGCUUGUUAAUUCAAAAGGAUGUCAGAACAAACAAGGAUUUCCAAGAAAGAAAAAGUAGAAAAGCCCAUAUUUCACCCAAAGAGUACAGCCCCUAGAAAGCCAACCCGCAAUCUCCCUACAUGUGGCUCUGGCACAUUUACAUGUGUUGGAAUCGGAACAGUAUUUUCCAUGUGCCAACUCCCGUGGUGUUUUAACCCAGGUGGCCACUAGUGCCAGAGAAGAUCUUGAAGAGCUUCUUCAUCAGCCAUUUCUCUCAGAGGUUGAUGAAUUCAUAAAUCUGAAUUGGAUCAUCUGUGGGAGGAGUAAAUGAGCUGAUGUAAGCCUAGGAAUAGGGUUUAUGAUAUUGCUGAGUUUACCUGCAUUUGCUAGAUAUCACUCCUCUGGCCUUGGUUCUCCUCAGAGCAUCCUUGAAGGAAUUCCUUGUUCCCUUUUAGGUGUCUCUGCUGCUUUUCUUUCCCAUGCCUGGGGUCAUGCUUGACAGAACAUGUCUUUUGCAACAUGAAUUAUUUUUUCCUGGCUGUUCCUUCUCCUUAUUUCGAGCCAAUUGCAGUUUUGCAGUGGGAAGCCUGCAGGUAGUACCUCUGCAUGGUCCACAUCCCAUGUUUCUGUAUGGUUUCCUUGCUGAGUGAUUUUAAUUGGAACAGUCUAGGGGAAAAGUGGAUAAAUACCUUGGGAGGAAGUGGAAUAAACAUUUUAGGUGUCUUACCUCUCAAUUCCCCUUUUGUGCAAUUGCUUUGAAAAGACCAGGAUUGAAGAGCUCCCUCCAUUUGGUAAGUGAGGGAACCCACCCUACAACAAACUUGGUGAGCUUGAGUCUGAGCUGUGCGAAAUGUCGAGGAGAUCUAAGGUGGCCAUGUCCACAGCCAGAGCUCCGCAGAUCUGCGAUAACUUCAGUCAAUGGAGUAUGCAAUCCCCUCAAUGUAGCUCUGCUCUUGUUUCCAUCAUGCUUGCCAUGGGCAACAUUAACAGAGCUGUAGGCUGCUGUUAGCCACGUACUGGAUGUCCAUCUUGCCAUCCCCAGCCUUGGUUUUAACAAGGGAGCCAAAAGGAGAGCCCCUCAGAAGACUGGCUGCCAAUGUGUGACCCAUCAACAAGGAGACAAAGACUCCUUAAACUCCUUGUGAAGACUGACUGAUAGUUUUCAAUAAAAACUUAACUGCAAAGAUGCAUCACACUCUUUAACCCCUGACAGUCAGUUCAUUGCACUUUUCACUUAACCUUGGUUCUCAAACAGCAGCGAAUCUUUGAAACUGUGAAAUGUUUACCCAAGGAUGCAGCAGCAAAGCGUGAAGCCCAGGUAGGAGGUGUAAAGCAAGUAAACGUAGGAGUUGAUUAAGUCCUUACAGGACAAUUUGCAGCCUCGUCUAUAUCUAUCAAUCUUCAGGUGGGUUUUGGUUUGAGUUGGUGGGGUUUUUCACUAGUCAUAAUGCGAGUAUAGUUUGGAAGCCUGAGUUCUUCAGCUGUGUUAGUAGUCAAGGCUGGAGCUGCAGAAAUGCCGGGAGCUGGUUGCCUAGAACAAGUACCAAACCAAGGAUCACCCAGCAGGGAUUUCUGUCAAGGAUUUUGGUUUAAACCUGCAAUGUGUCUGCAGGAAUUGGCAUAAUGGGAAUGCAUACAAAGUAUUAGGCUCUGCUUGGUGGUUGUUUCUCCUGUGUCUGAAAGCACUUAUCCCUACCACAGUAUUCAUCAGGCUGGUGACUGCUUCAAUGACAAAUGGAUUUCCUUCUAUACAGACGUCCAAAGGGGAUGUUUGAGACAUAAUCUGUAGUAAUGGGUCACACGUUUGCUGCAGCUAAUUGCCAAUCUUUCUAUAAAGCGCUGAGAAAGCCUCUCUCUGAAUUAACACUGUUCUGCUCUAGGCACUUGAAUAAAGAUAUAUUAAAAACAAGCAAACAAACCAGACUUUUCUCUAUAUGCAGUGCAUGCUGGCUUUGCUUUUAAAAUUACAACUUAGCAGAGUAUAUGGAUCUAUUUUCUUGGGGAAUAGGGGCUUUUAUCAUAUUAUUCAUCCAGUCUGAGCCUUACCCUGACACUUGUGAUAUAAAGGGAAGUUUUAAAAAAACCCUAAAAAUUAAAAAAGGUAAUUUUCUUGAUCCAAAAAUGUGUUUUUACUUUGAUGCGUAGAAAUUUAAGCUAUUGCUUGCAAAAAUGUCUCCUAAUAAGUAAGUGGUCUGGCAGCUAUAUGAACACAUGCCUCUACUGUUAAUUUGUCAUUUACAUGCUGAAUGUCCCUCCGGGACUGUUUUUUCCUUUUGUCUAUGCCAUGUGCUGGAAAACUUAACAAACCAAUGCCUUCAUACUACCAUGUUUGUUAAAGCAAAAUGUUAAUAAAGCUUGUCCUGAAGAUGA